GCGUGGCCGUACUCUGAUUGGUGACGGGUGAGGUGGGUCCGGCUGCGGCCCGAAAUCUUAGGACUUCCGAAAGCAGCGGCGGCGUUUGCUUCACUACUUGGAAGUGUGAAUGCGCGAAGAUGCGAAAGGUGGUUUUGAUCACCGGCGCGAGCAGUGGCAUUGGCCUGGCCCUCUGCAAGCGGCUGCUGGCGGAAGAUGAUGAGCUUCAUCUGUGUUUGGCGUGCAGGAACAGGAACAAGGCAGAAGCUGUCCAUGCUACUCUGCUGGCCUCUCACCCCACUGCUGAGGUCACCAUUGUCCAAGUGGAUGUCAGCAACCUGCAGUCGGUGUUCCGGGCCUCCAAGGAACUUAAGCAAAGGUUUCAGAGAUUAGACUGUAUAUAUCUAAAUGCUGGGAUCAUGCCUAAUCCACAGCUAAAUAUCAAAGCACUUUUCUUUGGCCUCUUUUCAAGAAAAGUGAUUCAUAUGUUCUCCACAGCUGAAGGCCUGCUGACCCAGGGUGAUAAGAUCACUGCUGAUGGACUUCAGGAGGUGUUUGAGACCAAUGUCUUUGGCCAUUUUAUCCUGAUUCGGGAACUGGAGCCUCUCCUUUGUCACAGUGACAGUCCAUCUCAGCUCAUCUGGACAUCGUCUCGCAAUGCAAGGAAAUCUAAUUUCAGCCUCGAGGACUUCCAGCACAGCAAAGGCAAGGAGCCCUACAGUUCUUCCAAAUAUGCCACUGACCUUCUGAGUGUGGCUUUGAACAGGAACUUCAACCAGCAGGGUCUAUAUUCCAAUGUGGUGUGUCCAGGUACAGCAUUGACCAAUUUGACAUAUGGAAUUCUGCCUCCCUUUAUAUGGACACUGUUGAUGCCGGCAAUAUUGCUACUUCGCUUUUUUGCAAAUGCAUUCACUUUGACACCAUACAAUGGAACAGAAGCGCUGGUAUGGCUUUUCCACCAAAAGCCCGAAUCUCUCAAUCCUCUGAUCAAAUACCUGAGUGCCACCACUGGCUUUGGAAGAAAUUACAUUAUGACCCAGAAGUUUUAUUCUAUUACAGUCGGAGAACACAUUCUGUCUGAUUUUUCUACCAUUAAAUUUGUCGAGGUUUGUUUUAUGGCCCAGGAUAUGGCCGGCUUUGGUGAAUGUCUCAUGGGCUCUCCUCCACACUGUGCCUGCUGUUGUUUCUUCUUUGGAAUUCUAAGAAAGGUGAUUCGUGUAUUCUCCAUAGCUGAAGAACCACUGACCCGAGAUGACAAAAUUACUGCUGAUGAGCUCCAGGAGGUGUUUGAAACCAACGUGUUUGACCACUUUAUCCUGUAUAGAGGUUGUAUGUCCAAGUUCCAAAGCCAAACUGCCUGCAUUCACAUUUCAGCUCCAUCACUUAUUAGCUGAAGGACUUCGAACAAGUUACUGAUCUUUCUGGAUUAAGUUCAAGUUUCCUCAUUUGUAAAAUAAGAGGUAAUAGUCAUUACCUCAUAAAAGUAUUGAAUAUUAAAUGAAUGAAUAUAUAUAUAUGCACAAACAUACAAUUGCAUUUGCAUAUAUUAAGUUUCUCAUAGAAUGCUUUUAAUUAAACAAUUUAAAUUUCCUUACUUGGAUGAAUGGAAUAAAAACAGAAGCAGAGUGGGGCUACAAGUUUUUAUUUUUGCUCCUUCAUGGUGUGGCUUCUCUUUAUGAAUAGGUGGAUGUAUGAGUAGAGAUUUGGAAUCUCAUAGCACUUUGGAAAGCAAACCUUGCUAUAAAGUUAAUGUGAAUGUUUUUAUAAGCUGAGACAUCUUCAGUUUUCUAAGAUGGCUCUUCCCCAGUUUCUAAUAUUCAAUGUGUUAUUUAUGGUAAAGCAAAUUGAUAUAACCCCCAAAUCUCAAUGGAUUUAAUGCAAUACUUUGUUCUUACUCACAUAAAGGCAAUUUAGUGGUUAGAGGGGUAGUGUUAGAGACGUGUGAAUGAGAACAACUCCAUCUUGAAUAGGAGCUGGGUAAAAUGAGGCUGAGACCUACUGGGCUGCAUUCCCAGAUGGUUAAGGCAUUCUAAGUCACAGAAUGAGAUUGGAGGAUGGCACAAGAUACAGGUCACAAAGACCUUGCUGAUAAAACAGGAUGCAGUAAAGAAGCCCGCCAAAUCCCACAAAACCA